UUCCUUCCCAAAGAGGGCAGUCUAGAAACUGCCUCGCUGGAGCUUCGGGGGCAGUUUGAAACUGCUACGGUAGGUGUGUGUUUUUUGGUUUUUUUAAAAAAACAUUUACGCAGGAAUUAAGUAAGGGUAGGGUGUCUCCCUUCCCCCUUCCAAUUUCUCUCCCUUCCCUCUAUCCAAAUAAAUGUGUCCAAAAGCGAUUUCUGUUUUGUUUUGUUUAAUGUUUUUUAUUAUUGCAAACACUCUCUAAAUUUACACACGCAGAAUAAAUAUCCGGUCCAAGCAAAAUGUAUCUUCCAUAUCUCUUUCCUUCGGGUAGUUUUGCGGGGUGGGCGAUUUUAAUCCACUACAGCAAAAAAUACGGAGUAUUCUAAAAUUGUACUGGUUCUGUUAGAACAGUUCAAAGGAAUCUCCGGGGAUCAUCUCUAGCUUAAUCUCCCUCUCAAUAGAGGAAUCACAGCUAAAUCACCCUAUUAACCCAAAACAAGCUCGAAAACAGGAAAUAGGUUAUUUUUUGCUUUUCGUUUUCUUCCGAGAUGUUACCUGCAAUUCGGUUUAUAAAGGCAACCAGUUUGUUCCUCCGGUCGCCCUGGUUCAAACUGCUUUGCAAAGCGAAAUGAGGUUUUUUUGGGGUGUGUGUUCAAACUGGACUCCCGACAGCCAGCUCCGUUUACUCCGAAGUGAGACCCAAAGUCCACCGGCAAUUGCAGUACUCCCACGCCACAGUGCACAGUCUCGCAGCCACGUUUCUAGACCUCAACUGAAAAUAUCCUCGCUUUUUCAGCCUCGCCAGCACCAGGCUCCCAAGACUAGGCCUGGGAUAUUUGUUGGCCGGAGAGAUCGUGUAGACACAACCAAGCGGCGUGAGAACGGAUCAAGCUAGAGAAGCCCAGUGUUAAGGGUUCUCCCCUCUCUCUCUUGGGGAGAUCCACGGAGAGGAACUUGAAAGGGGUUUUUUUUGUGUGUGUGUGUAUUGCACCUUUUCCAAGCCCGGGCUGUAUAUGUGUGGAUCUUGAAGUCUCCCGACCAACAAGGCGCCGACCUGGAGCCUACGAGGAAGCCGGACCCGUUCACACGACGAGGGAACCCGAGUUUGUGAAAGCCGCGAGCCGAGGAUUCCGCCUGUCCUGCCGCUUUUCCGGGUGGAGGGGAGAGCCCAGGAGAACCAGGCAGGGGCAUUUUUGGAUGCUCAGAGUGGAAGAGGAAGAGGAGGAAGAAGGGGGAGGAAGGCCGCUGCAGCCCCCACCCCGGAAAAAAACAACAACACCCCGCUUGUGGAUCUAAUUUUUGAAACACGGGGGGAGGGUUGGGGUCCAGGUGCGAGAAAACCCGGCUGAAGAAUGCCAAAGAGGACUAGAUAAAAAAAUAAAAAUACAACUCAUUCCGAAAGGCUCCCGUCCGGGGCCGCCUGGGCAGCAGCCGGAGCCCCGCGCGCGCGGAGAAUGGUUGCGCGGACGGGCGCGCGGCGCGGGCAGCGGCGCUUGUCCUCGCUGCGCCUUCGCUGAGUCCGGCGGCGGUGGCGGCGGCGGCGGCGGGAGCGCAGCAUGGAUGGGCGAGACCUCGGCGGGCCCCCGCGCGCCGUCCACCUCCCGCCGCCGCCGCUCCUCUCGGGCCUGGCCAUGGACGGCCACCACCGCGCCGCCGCCGCCCGGCUCGCCCCCUUGGCGGCCGGACUGCCGCCCGCGCCCCUCGGCCCCGCCAAGUACCUCGCCGCCGGACUCAACCUCCAUUCCCACGCGGGAUUCUCCCACCUUCCCAACGGUCUGUAUCCCUCAUACAUUCCUCUGAGCCACCUGGAGCCUCACAACAGCGGCAGCCCCUUGCUUGCUCAGCUGGGCCAGCACAGCCUCUUUGAGUCUCCAAAAGAUGGGUUUUACCUUGGAGGCCACACAGGGCAGCCCCCCCUGCACCCCCAGGGCCCCCCCUCGAGGACGGCAGCCGGCCACGGGCCCAGCGCCCUCCACCGCGAGAAGGAGCUUGGGCACCUACCCAGGGCCUCGAAGGACGGCGCCAGGGACGUCAGCAAGGAGCGGGCAUGCCGGGGCGACGUCCUCCUGGCCGGCCCCAAGAAGGAGGGCAAGGCCCGGGAGGAGCCCAGGCCGCAGAGCGUGGUGGACCUCACCCAGGACGCCAAGCCCGACAGCGACAGGAAAGUGAACGGCCCCGACAAGGGCUCCUGGGUUGGGGAGCAGCCGCUGCCCCCCUUCCUGGCUGAGCACUCGCCGAGCCGCGGUGCCCACGGCGGAGAACCAAAGUUCAAGAACCCGCUGCAGACCUCCUCGCUCAGCAACUGCAACGGCAGAGGGGACCCUCUGGGGAAAGCGCUGGGCUCGGAGCAGGACCGCUGCGCCAGGGACCCCGCACGGCACGACGAGAAUAUGAGGCCUUCCUCACACUCGGAGCGGCUGCGGAGGGGGGAUUCCGGGGCGGGGGCAGCCGCCUUGCAUGUGGCCUGCAGCUGCCCCUCUCCGGGGCAGCCGGGGAAGCUGGCCCCCGCUUCCUCCGCCUUCCCCCCGCAGCCGGUCCAUUCCAACAUGUAUACCAUCUUCCCUCUGGCGAAGGAGCCCGGCAGGGAGCACAAGGUCAUCGCGCCCACCUUUGUGCCUUCCGUGGAGGCUUACGACGAGCGCAGCGGGCCCAUCCAGAUCGCCUCGCAGGCCCGGGACAACGGCGGCGGCAAGGUGAAGGAGAAGGACCCCCCGGCCGCCCGGGUAGGUGUCCUCCAGGCCUUGCCCGAGAGGUGCUUGGGCGACGGCGCCCGCAGCCUGCUGCCCCCGGACUUUGCAGCGCACAGCGAUGCCAAGAGGAUGGAGGUUCUGCGCGAGAAGGGCUCCGUCAUCCGGGCCACCUCCACGGCGCUCAGAAAGCAGGGGCCCCCGGAGACGUUCCUCAACAGGCCCCGGCUUGGCUCCCCUGAAAGCAGGGGCGACUUCCUCACCUCCAAAGACUUGCACAAGUCGGGCUUGGAGCCAGAGCAUCGCUCCUGCGAGCGGGAGUGGUUUCCGCGGCCCGGCUGCAAGGACGCGGCGAAGAUCUAUGGCACUUUGGACUCUUCUUCCUCCUCUUCCUCCUCGUCCGCCUCAUCCCGGGGGCAGCACCUCGACCAUGGCCAGCCCCCGAAGCCCUCUGAGCAGAAAUGGAAGCCUUUCGACAUGGGCAACUUUGCCACCACGCAGAUGGCGGUGUUGGCGGCACAGCACAACCAGGCCAGCCGAGCGGAGGAGGAAGCCAAGAAGGCGUACCUCGACCCCGGAGGCCUGCAGAGGACUGUGGUGACGGCGACUCGGAGUGCAGAAGGCCUCCACCCUACCUCUCACGGAGAAGGCUCGGCCAUGCAGAGCCUCAUCAAGUACAGUGGAAGCUUUGCCAAGGAGGCGGCGGCUCGGUCGGGCAGCGGCAAGAAGAGCCCCUUUGGCGGUUUGGGGCACAUGAAGGCCGACCCCGCCCUGCAGGCCUCGGCCAGGAUCCAGCAGCUGCUGCCCCACCAGGCCAGCAAGCAGCUGAAGAAGGAGCCCGAGCGCCCCGAGAGCGCCAAGUCCUUUGGGCGCGAGAGCAUCGGGUCGCAGGGAGAGGGGGAGGUGCGGCACCUCCCCGUGGGCAUCGCCGUGGCUGUGGCGAGGCAGAAGGACAACAGUGGCGGCGGCAAGGUGGGACAGGGGUUGGCGGACCGCGAUCGCACCCUCUCCCUGAGCAACGUCAAAGGACACGGACGCUCCGGCGAGGACUGUGGGGACGACCGGCCGCGCCACCGAGACAGCCACCUCCUGGCGAGUCGUCUGGAACGAGACCAGGAGAAGCUUCUCAGAGAGAGCAAAGAGCUGGCCGACUUUGCACGGAUACAUCCUGCCGGCUGUGCUGCGAACGGCUUGAACUCCAACCUCAUGGUGACUGGGGGCCCCCCCUUGACUGGCUCAGGGCGGUGGUCCGCCGACCCGGCGUCCCACCUAGCGGCCCAUCCGUGGCUGCCCAGGACCAGCAGCUCCUCAAUGUGGUUGGCGGGGCACCCCUACGGUCUCGGCCACCCUUCGUUGCACCAAGGGAUGAGUCCUGGCUUCCCCGCUGGCAUGGGGGGAGCACUCCCUUCUGCCUACCAGUUUGCCAGGGACCCUCAGUCUGGCCAGCUUGUCGUGAUCCCCAGUGAGCACCUUCCGCACUUUGCGGCGGAGCUGAUGGAUCGCGCGCCGCCUCUCUGGCCCGCCAUGUACCCCCCGGUGAGGAGCUCCCUGCAGCAUGCGCAGCAACUGCAGCUCCUCUCUCACCAGCAGCUGAUCCGCCAGCACGAGCUCUACAUCUUGCAGCAGCAAGCCGCACACGCCAUGGAGCUCCACCGGAGUGCCCAGCUGGUGGAGAGGUUAAAAGCGAGCGAGCAGCGGGCAGAGAUGGAGGAGAAGAUGUCCAAGCGGAAUCUGGAUGGCGCCAAGUCUGGACUCGCCACCUCCGGCUCGGGCCUCCUGCGCCGGAAGCCCCCCGCCCUGUCGCCCAGCACCUCUGCCUCCUACAGCAAGGCCGUGAGUCCGCCUGCCCUGUCCCCCAGGGCGUCCCCUGUGCCCGUCCUCAAGGCGGAGGUGAUCCAAAAGAUGGAGGAGCCCCCAAUGCAGCCAGCCUACUCCUACCCUGCCACCCCCAUCUCCCACCCUUCCAGCCCGCCCCCCGCGUCUCCGCCCCCGGCCCCCGCCAUCCCCCCGAAGGAAGAGGAGGAGCCCGACAGCGCAGAGAAGAAGGAGAUGGAGAAGGAAGCCUCCAGCCCGUACCAGGCUUUGUUUCCAGAGAUUCCUUCGGGAUACCCAUUCCAGGCGCUCCCGGCUUCUUUCAGAAGACACUACCCAUACCUCCUCCAGCCAACGGCAGCCUCGGACGCAGAUGGCUUGGCGCCCGAUGUCCCACUUCCCACUGGGGACCCCGAGGGCCUGGCCCUUUCCCCAGAGGUCAAGCCCACCCACCUCUCCCCAUCCAAAAUUGUGAAGCCCAUGCGGGCGGGCGAAGAGGAGGAGGAGGAGGAGGAGGAGCCGGAGCCUCUUGAAGAACGGGUGAAGACGGAGCUGGAACUGGACACCAGCCACGAGGGGGGCAUCUGCAAGCAGGCCGUGGGAGCUCUGGACCUGGCGGCCUCGGUGGCUGGACCACUCCAGGACGUGGGUGGCCGGGGGCUCCUCAUGUGCCACGGCAAGGCCUUGAGCAGCUUGAGGCAUGAAGAAGAAGAGGAGGAAGAAGGAGGAGGAGGAGAAGGUCUUCAGGAUUGUCAGCCUGUGUACGAAGUGAUGGCCUGCCCUGCAGAUCUGGAGAGCCAAGAAGGGGCUGCAGGCGCUGAUACCUGCCCUGUCCACGCCGACUACGAAGGUGCGUUGCUGCACCGGCCCACCAAGCAGGGGGAGGAGCUGCCUCUUUCCCCGGAGCUGCCUCACAUCUGCUCUCCGCAGGGGAAGGAAUUCCCCGUCCUCCUUCCAGAAGAGGAAGAGGAGCCGCUCCCGGAGGAGCCCUGCUGUGGGAGCGAGCCGGUCUCCUGCCUCGUCUCACCCCUGGAUAUCGAGCCGGACGACCCCCUGGCCGGGAUGAACGCCCUGGUGGCGGCCGCCGAGUUGCCCCAGGCGUGCCCGCUGCUGGUGGGUGACGGCGUCACCCAAGAGGCGGUGGUGAACCUGGAGGUGUCCUCUAGCCUGUCUCCGGAACACACUUUCCUGCAGGGGAUCACGCUGCUGAGCGAAAUCGCCGAGCUGGAGCUGGAGAAGAGGAGGCAGGAGGCAGGAGGUCUGGAGAGCUUUGCCGCCCGCCCGACCCUGGAGAGCCUGUUAGCGGCCAGCACUCAGAUGCUCAUGGAAGUCCUCUCGAACCCCUUUAUGGACAGCUUGAAAAACAUCCGCCUGCCCCGGGAACUGGAUCCCAACAAAAAGUACAGCUGGAUGCAGAAGAAAGACGAACCGAUGCACUCCAUCAAGUCCGCCAUCGAGAACAUGGACCCUAUGGAGCUGGACUUCAGGAUGAGGCUGGCCGAGCUGCAGAGGAGGUACAAGGAGAAGCAGCGCGAGCUGGUGAAACUGCAGCGGCGGAGAGACUCGGAGGAAAAGCAGGACGAGAAAAGUAGAAGCUUGUCAAGACGAGGCCCAGGAAGGCCCAGGAAGAGGAAGCACGGACCGAGCGCUCUGUCGCCCCCUAUGGAGAGAGGGAAGAGGGACAGCAGGAGUGGAAAGCUGAGCAAAUCCUUGCUGCUCUCCGAAGACUCUGAGGCUGGCGAAGGAACCAGGAAAAGGCACAGGGGCCUCCUUCUCGAAGAGGACGAUGCAGAGAGCAGGAGCGGGAAGCUGAGAGGACGGAAUCGCAGCUGGGAUGAGCAGGACAUGCUGGCAAACUUCUCCAGCGAGCUAAAGAUUAAGAAGAAGAAGCUGGCGUCCGAGCAGGAGCAGCUGGUGAGCAAGCUUGACAAAGCACUCUCCCUCGGCAGGCACAGCAAGCUGAAAUCUCCUUUUAAGUUUGCCGACGGCUCCGCGGGGAGGCCGAGAAAUGGCGGCUGUUAUGGCGGCAGAUAUGCGUCUCCGCACGAGGCCUUGUUCGGCAGGGACGACAAGAGGAGCUUGGCCGAAACGCUGAGCUACUCGCUGAAAGACCCCAAAGAAGGUAAAAACAAAAUGGCUGCCAAAAUAAAGAAGAUGGAGGUGGGGCUAAAGCUCAAGGGUCACCUGAAGGCAUCCAUUUCAUCAGCAAUAUCCGAAGCGAGCAGUUAUUCGUACAAUACAGACUCUGAGGAAGAUGACGGAUCCCUGAAGGACGAGUGGUCUUCUCAUGGCUCCAGAACGAGACCCCCCAGCCUGUACGGUGUGGUGGCCCCCAAGAGCGGCCGGAUGGCCGGAGGCGGCCUCAGGGCGGCAGCCAAGAAGGGCAUCUGUGCCGCCAGAACUCUCAAAUCUAAACUGGCCACCACGGCAAGCAGGAGGCCGCAGUUUUGCUUGCUGCCCGGAGAGGGGUCUUCCUUCAGCGAUUCUUCAGAGGACUCGUUCGAUCAAGAUUCUAGCUCGGAAGAGGAGGAGGAGGAAGAGGAGGAGGAGGAGGAGGAAGCGGGGGACUAUGGAGUGGGGAGCAGCGCCAGGCUUUCGUCCCCCGCCUUGGAUGAGAGCGGCUUGGGGCUUCUGGCGAGGUUUGCGGCCAGCGCCCUGCCCAGCCCCAUUAUCCCACCCUCUCUUUCCAUCGUCCAGCUGGAAGCCAAGCAAAAAGCCAAGAAGAAGGAAGAGAGGCAGAGCUUGAUGGGGACGGAGUUUGAAUACACAGACUCUGAGAGUGAGGUGAAGAUCAGGAAGAAGUCUCCCUCCGGCCUCCUGCGUGGGAAGAAGGGGCUGGCAGAAGCAGGCAGUGCCCCAGGUGCCCAGCCAGGGAGCGCGAUGGACAUCACCUCCUCAGGCAGCUUGGAGAGGGCCAAGAUGGCGUCCGAAAAGAGCAGCAAGAAGCUGAAGAAGUUCAAGUCUCCAAAGGACCUGAGCUUCGAGUUUGGGCUGGAGGCGAGUGACGAUGACCUCUGGAGCCGCCGGCGCAGCGAGCGGAUCUUCCUCCACGACGCCACGGCCUCUACGGCCGGGCUGGCUGCCACGGCGCAGACCAGUUCGACCCCUGUGGCCAAAGCUGCUGGGCGCUGCGUGAAGGGAACGCCCCUCAGCCCCAAGAAAGACGGAGGCAAAGGGAAAGAAAGGAAGGAGCUUGGAAAGAAGAAGAAAAGCAAAGAAGGCGCCUUCUGCUCUUCCUCCUCGUCCUCCUCCUCAUCCUCCUCGUCCUCUUCCCUCUCGCCUCCAGGCAUCGCCAGCUCCAUGCCUGACGCCCGAGGCAGCCUAACCAGCUCCCUGGGCUCCAGCAAGAAAAGCAAAACCAAGGCCAAAGCCAGAGAAGUGAAGAAAGAGAACCGAGGGAAAGGAGGGGCCGUCAGCAAAUUGAUGGAGAGCAUGGCUGCCGAGGAAGAUUUUGAGCCCAACCAGGACAGCAGCUUCUCGGAGGAUGAGAAUGUGCCGCUCAGUUUGCUCCUAGAGAGGCCUCUGACUCCGGCCCCCCGUUCUUGCAUCAUCGACAAAGACGAGCUGAAGGAUGGUUUGAGAGUCCUCAUCCCCAUGGAUGACAAGCUUCUCUACGCCGGCCACGUGAAGACCGUCCACUCUCCUGACAUAUACCGAGUCGUGGUGGAAGGAGAGCGAGGGAACCGACCCCACAUAUAUUGUCUGGAGCAGUUGCUGCAGGAGGCAAUCAUUGACGUGAAACCUCCUUCGGUGCGAUUCCUCCCAGAAGGCACGCGAAUCGCCGCCUACUGGAGCCAGCAAUAUCGUUGCCUCUACCCAGGGACAGUCGUACAGGGGGCUCAUGAUCAGGAGGAAGAUGGGGAUCUGAUAACAGUGGAGUUUGAUGAUGGCGACACUGGCCGGAUCCCCUUGUCCCACAUCCGGCUCCUUCCACCUGAUUACAAGAUCCAGUGUGCCGAGCCAUCUCCCGCCCUCCUGGUGCCCAGCACAAAACGCCGCAGCCGCAAGUCCAGCAAGGAUACCGGGGAAGGGAAGGAGGGCAGUGGCACAGGGUCCGAGGAGCCAGCGGCGUCCAAAGGCAAAGGGCGUGGGAGAAAACCAAGCACCAAACAGAAAGCCGAAGAUGCCGUCCUCAAGGAAGAAGCAAGCCAGGGGGAAGCCUCAACCAGCCCAUCGCUUGUGCCAGAGAAGCCCGUUUUCCUUAGCAAGCAAAGCGCAAAAGGCUCAAAGAAAGCGCAGCAGAUCCCCGCCAGGACCGCGCCUCAGACAGAAGAAAGGCGUCACAGCAAAGGCAGCAAAGUGAAGCCCUCCUCCAAGAUGCCUGGCCUGGCCCAGCCCGCCUUCCAGCCCCCGGCAUUCAGCAACACCCGGGGGGACGAGCCCUAUGCCGAGAUCCCGGGCGUCCUGGGGGCCUUCAGCUCUUCAGACGCCUCCUCUGGCAAAGCUCGGUCUAAGAAGGAGAAAUCUGCAGAGGAGUCGCAAGAGUUUGGGUCGUCGGCCAAAGCCCAGAGGAAAAUCCCCGACAGCGAUAUCCUCAUCAAGCUGGACCACGAAGGAGUGAUGUCUCCCAAAACCAAGAAGACGAAGGAGGCCAUGCGGAUGCUGGGCAGCUCCAGCCUGGCUGGCAGGAGGGACACCAAAAGCAUCCUGGGGCUAAGCUACAGCCCCGUGGCCGACGCCAAGCGGCAGAAAGCGUCCAGGGCCAAGGGGGCUGGCGGUGAAUCUCCGGCCCCAAACUUUGGGGGGAAGUUUGCCAGCUCCGGAGAGAACUCUGCGAAGCAGCCAGAGGACAAGGCGCAGGCUGGGCCGGCGGGAGACGAGUCGGAAAGCAACAGCAGUGGCAGCAGCUCCGAGUCGGAAGGGGAGGAGGAGGCGGAGAAGAACGGAGGGGGAGCCCCCGAUAGCAGCUCGGCCAGUUCACGGGCCUCCACGCCUGUCUCCUCCUCCAACUCCUCAUCCUCCUCUUCUUCCAGCAGUUCCAGCUCUUCCUCGUCCUCGUCCUCCACCUCCUCGUCCUCGUCCUCCAGUUCCAGCUCUUCCUCCUCCUCGUCAUCGUCUUCCUCUGCCACGGAUGAAGACUCCUCCUGCAGCUCGGAUGACGAGGCGGCCGAAUCCCAGGCGGGGGCCUCCUCCACCCAGCAGACCCUCCCCGCCAAAGUGGCCAAGCAGGCGGGGAAGUCUCGCUCGGCCGCAAACCCCCAGAGCCCCAAGCAGGAGCAGCAAGCGGUGCAGAAGCAGCAGCAGCAACAGCAGCAGCAGGCGGGGGGCAAGACCCGCCCCAAGAAGCGGGAGGGGAUCCAUCUGCCCACCACCAAGGAGCUGGCCAAGCGGCAGAGGCUGCCCUCGGUGGAGAACCGGCCCAAGAUCGCGGCCUUCCUGCCAGCGCGGCAGCUCUGGAAGUGGUUUGGGAAGCCCACCCAGAGGCGUGGGAUGAAGGGCAAAGCUCGGAAGCUCUUCUACAAGGCGAUUGUCCGCGGAAAGGAGAUUAUCCGAAUCGGAGACUGCGCCGUCUUCCUGUCGGCCGGCCGCCCCAACCUGCCCUACAUCGGCCGCAUCCAGAGCAUGUGGGAGUCCUGGGGGAACAACAUGGUUGUCCGAGUGAAAUGGUUUUACCAUCCGGAAGAAACCAACCCUGGGAAGAAGCUCAACGAAGGCAAGCGCUGGGAUCAGAAACCCAGCAGGAGCCUAUCGACCGCUCUCCAGGCCUCCAGCCAGAGGAAGGACUUCAUGGAGCGAGCGCUCUACCAGUCCUCGCACGUGGAUGAGAACGACGUCCAGACCGUCUCGCACAAAUGUCUGGUGGUCGACCUGGAGGAGUACGAGCAGAUGCUGAAGACCAAGAAGUAUCAGGACAGUGAGGACCUCUACUACCUAGCGGGGACGUACGAGCCCACCACGGGCAUGAUCUUCAACACGGACGGGGUGCCGGUCAUCUGCUAACUGCUUCUGGGAAAGGGAAUUCCGGGAGGCACCCCAACACUCCCAAAUCUUUCGGAUCAAUACAGCCCACCCAACUCUGUCCGUGGAGUGGGGGUGGUGGUGGAGCAGAGCGGGGCAGAAGUGAAGUUUAUGUGCCUGUUUCCAACGACAGCAUGAUUGUUUAAGCGCCCGGCCGCAUUGCGACAAGACAGGUUCCAGAAGACGAAAGAGGUUUGCCUUGCCCAAAGGGAUUUCCUGAAAUCAGCUGAGAUCCAACCGCUCGUCUCUCCCUCAGAAGAAGGGAACAGAUUUGCAGGAAAAGAAACGGCAGGUCGGAUUCUGCCUCUCGGGAACGAGCGUGGCUUUGUGGCCACAACCCCUGAACUUUUCCCUCGGGUUCAGACUUCCAUAGGAUAUUUCAGGACACCUGUCGUUCGUUGUUUUUCCUGGACUUUCCGAUUCCAAGGUGACCCGUCCCACCUCCCCUCACCAACCGCCAACCGACUUUUGCCAGGUCAGGGAGGGGGCAAACCGUGCGUCGACUGCCAGUUAAAGAACACUUUGUUGUGGACACUCUCGCCUCAAAGCACCUGCUCUCCGCUCUCUAGCAGCAGCCCCAAAAUCUCUGGCUGCAAGAGGGGCAGGGGGUCGCUUGGGCGCAAAGAGCUGUGGGCCGACAUCCCUCUUAGGUUACGAGGAGCCGAGCGGACGGGCGAGGAGAUAAGAUGCUGAACCAUUUUCACAGCACAAGGGGGGAAAGCCCCCCUCUAUUUUUGGACCAGCCCCACUUUCCCAACCUUUUGGGGGGGGGUUGUCUCCCAAACAACAGAAUUUCCCUUCCUCGUGUAAGUUGAAUGUAAGUCGCCCAGUCCAGCUUGGAAACAUGGGUCCUCCUUCAUCAGAUAUUCUCUAAAUAAUAUUACACAGUUUGGGGGGGGGGAGAAGAAGCGUGUUUUGCUGCUGGUCAUUUGCUGCUCGCUCUUCAGGAACUCAGAAAAACACUUUUUCCUCCUCCUAUUUUUUUUUUACGUCUUCUGGACCCGGCGAGCUGCCUUCUGAAGAUAUCCACGCAGAAUGAGAUGCCUCCGCUCUCCUCCGACCCCGCUUCUCCAUGCCCCCCCCAUGGCACUACUUACGACGGGCAAGGAGGAGCCUGGCAAUUGCAGAAACCUCACUUUUCCUCCCCGCCCCUCUCUGCAGGAUGGCGGGAUCCUGCGCUGAGCUAAGUGCGGACCCAGCACACACCGAAUCAGAUUGUUCCCCCCCCCCCGCGCCUCCCCCAAAGUUUGUGAGUGUCCAUUAAUUUGCCCCUGGAUCUCUGCCGUUUUUCACCUCCCUUUGUGGGUCAACAGCUCUGGACUUUGCAGGGCAAAAAGCCCACGUUCAGUAGGGAUGACCAAGAGAGGAGGUUGGUUUUGAGGGACGGAGGCAGAGGGACUCGAACGACGACACAGUGUUUUUGCACUUAAGAAAACCUCACACACUACAAGCCCAAGACGCCACGAUUGUUUCUGCCCUGAACAGAGUGUAGAAUUCCAGCACUACAGAGGGGAGUUACUUCACUUAACUCGGACAGAUUUUUUUUAAAGAAAACUACCUGGUACAAACAGAAAUACCACACACCUGUAGCCGUGGAGAGAGAGAGGGGAGCCUUCCCCUCUCCCCAAAUUUUGCAAUCCCUUCCUUCUUUUAAAGAACCACAGUGGUGCUGCACGGCCUGCCCUGCUCCCGGCUUUUCGAAGACUUCGGUGGAUAAUAUUUCUACAAGCGACAUCAGUCACUCUGUACCAAAAGACUCGUAAUGUGCCCCUUACACACAUACACACACCAACCCUGUAUUAUAAGCUCUUUAAAGAAAAGAAAAGAAAACUUUAAAAACAGAGAAAGGAAAAGCAGAGGGGGGGGAGAGAAGAAGCGAAAAUGGAAUCAACUUUUUAAUUAUAAAUAUAAAGUAUAAAUAUAUAAAUAUAUAUAAAUAUAUAAACUUUUUUUAAGAAAAAACUGUGAAAAAAAUUAUGAAAUUAUAAAAGCAAAACACAGUCUGACAUUUAGAGUCUUAUUUUUUAUUUCCCGUUGGAUUGUGACUGUAAAAAAAGAAGAGAGAGAAGAGAAACACAGGGGAAACAGAAGAUUCAAAACGUUGCUGACACACGAACUGCGUACUGUAUCUGUGGAAGCAAACCUUGCGUGAGCAGAUGUCUGAAGAGAGAUGCAGAGAGAGAGAGAGAGAGAGAGAGAGAAAGAGAGAGAGAGAGAGAAAGAGAAAAAGAAAGAAAGAGAGAGAAUUUAUGUGAAUGUUAAAUAGAAAGCACUUAACUGCCCAUUGCCUUCUAUGGAACACAAGGAUAUUUUGCAGACAAUCGAGAGGAAAGGAGCCAGGUUUUUUGUCCCUUUCUCCCCCUGUUUUAUGUUUUUGAUUCACACCCCCCUUUUUGCAUUCUGUUUGUUGCCGAAUUAUGUGCGAUCCUUUUUCAUAAAAAAGCAAUUGAAAAACAAAACGAAAAAAAACAACCCGAGCUCUGCCUUUCUUUUGUCGUCUUGGUUCUCCCCUCCCCUUAAAAAUAAUAAUGAUCAGGGUGUGAUCCUGUACUUGCUGAAGCCGAAGGAGCUGUAAAGAUGGGGCAGAAGGCUCGCCGAUCGGCGGCGGCUGCCCCACACUGAAAAAGAGGUCCAUUAAAAACCCCUGCAGAGAGGGUGGAAGGAGUUGGGUUUGGAGCAGGGGAGGGACAGGAUCCCAAACACCCACACGGUCACAAGGACACAAGAGAAAUCCACACCGGGAUGGGCUCUGGCUAAGGAAUUCCUUUGGAUCCGAUGGGAGCCGGGUAAAAGCUCUCAGUGGCGGCCACGACAGCAAGCAGUAAACUCUUCUGAAGACCAGCUCCUGGAAACUUCAGGAGGGAAGAGGGCUCCUAUGCCAGGAACCUGCUUGCGGGCUUCCCUUUGGGGCAACCGGUUGGCCCCUGUGAGAACAGGAUGCUGGGCAAGACGGGUCCCCAAUGGCUGCAUCCACCAGGGCUGUUACAUUCUUAGUGUGGGAAUGUUCAGGUUGGCAAGAGAGGAUCUAUUGUUUAUUAAUAUCCUUCCUAACUUGCGCUAGCAAGUUCCUUUACGUAGCAGAGUUACAUUCCCCUUUUCAUGCACAGCAGAUAGCUGGUUGCAGGCUCGUGUGAGCCUCUCACUAUUCUACAAAUCAGUCUGUCUCAGAUUGAAUUGUACGUUCCUGGUAAGUUCCCUCGAAUCCCUCUUAAAAGAAUACAGUACAUGUGGAGCUGCCCCAUAUGGGGGAAUAAUCCCAGUGCUUCUGCUAGCUGAGAGCUGACAGAGCAGUCCUAGCUAAAAGCUGGUCAAACAAAGAAGGAAGUUAAAAAGAGAGAGUGGGUGUGCUGCGUGACUCGUCCUUUUGUUACCUGGACAGGUUAGCUCACGCCCACCUUCUAUCACAUGCAAAAGCAAGGAUGCUCCAGCCAGGAGGAACAGGAAGUUUCGACUGGCUGGACCAAACAUCCCCGUGCAUGUCCACUCUAGGAAAACAAGGAAUGUUGUACUUGACUGCCCCUCAUUGGAUCACAUCCCACAUUUACGAAGGGUGGUAUCUCUCCUCUCCCCCCUUUCCUGCCUCCCUCCUUCGGUUCUGAGCUGGUGAUGGUUUGGCUGCUGCAGAGCUAACAGCAUCCUGUUCUCUCAGUGCCUGCGGGAUCUGAGUGCAAGAGCCUCUCCCCUCUUGUGGGAUUCAGAAGCAUGGCUGGCUCUGGCUGGGGAGCCCUCAUGGCUAGUAGCCGUUCAGAGUCCUCUUCUCCAUGCCCAGCCCACUUUUGAAGCCAUCCAGGUGGGUGAUCACCACUGCCUCUUGUGGCAGGGAGUUCCAGAAGUUGUGCUCUGCUGCUGCGGCCAUCAGCAGAGCUUUGGGCCAAAGGAGCCCUGAAUUCCCUGCCGUACGAUGGCCCGGCAUGUGUGUCCUCACAGCCCUGUUUGCUCCGAGAGCUGCCUGAGAGUAGACAGUCCUGAGGUUCUAAACAUGAAACAAGUCCUGUCCCUUCUUCAUCCUGGCUGGGGCUGUUCGUGUUCAGAGGCCUGGCUGGCCCUCAGCCUGCUUCCCCCCACCCCGCUAAGGGUUACGGUGCAGACAGGGCCGUAUUAAGCAUAUCAGGUGCCGUGGUGCGACGAUCCCUCCGGUGGCCCCCCCUGCCCUGUUUCUCAGCGCAGCGCCCCCCCGGCGACCUGGCGCAUUGCACCACCCAGCCUUGCCUUAGCGCCAGGCCCUGGGUGCAGAUGAGCCAAGCAGCCUGGAAGCAAAGAAUAAGAGGCCGCCUCUCCACAGUGCGUGGGGGAGGGUGGAGAAACCCCACAUUCACCCUGGCAGUCCCCACAAAAUGUGCUCCCAGCAUGGACAUUCGAGCCACACCGUGUCUGCUACAAACUGCGCGCUGCAUCUGUUCACAAUCCAGCCCACUCGGGCAACGCCACCUUGUUUUGUGUAGCGACCCCUUUUCCCAAGUGGGG